AUGGCCGAUUUGCUUCCCUUCACCCAGCUGUACAUCAACGGCGAGUUCAAGGCAUCAGCCCAGGAUGCUGUCUUUGACGUCCGUAAUCCAUAUACCGGUCAAGUAUCAGGCCGGUCUGCUUCGGCGACCAGUCAAGAUUGCCGCGAUGCUAUCGAUGCUGCCCAUAGAGCCCUUCCUGCAUGGGAAAGUACCGAUAUUUCUUCACGCCAGACUAUCUUGUUGAAAGCUGCGGACAUCCUACAAGGCUCGUGGAUGCAGAAAUGCAUUGAAAUUAACACCGCCGAGACUGGUGCUACCCCCGACCUUGGCGCACUUAGUUGGGUUACGGCCUCCAGUACACUUCGGACCGUUGCUGCAAUGACAGGUCAGCUCAAAGAGGAAUCGUUCUCGAGCGCCACUGGUGGACAAGUCAUUAUAAAGAAACGUGCAGUUGGCGUUGUUUUGUCAAUCGUUCCUUGGAACGGCCCUCUGUGUCUGGCCAUUCGUGCCGUUGCAGCAGCGAUCUUUUGCGGGAACACUGUUGUCCUAAAGGCCUCUGAGUACAGUCCUCGAAGUCAUGCUCUCGUUCCGGAGUUGUUCCAUCAAGCCGGUCUCCCAAAGGGCGUCCUCAACUUUGUUGCCAUGUCAAAAGAAAUAACGCCCAGCUUGAUUUCGGACAUGAUCGGCAAUCCCAAAAUACGUCUUGUCAAUUUUACUGGGAGUGCGCCAGUGGCUAAGGCGCUAGCGACAGAGGCGGCGAAACAUCUGAUUCCUUGCAUCUUCGAGUUGGGAGGAAAGAAUCCUAGCAUCGUCUUGAAUGACGCCGAUGUGGAGGCCGCUGCCAAGAGUAUCACUUUUGGAGCAAUGUUCAACGCCGGACAGGUUUGCAUAUCGACGGAACGCGUCAUUGUCCAGCGCGACGUAUCCAAGGCACUCAUUACGGCUGUUGUGGAGCUAUGCAAGAAGCUAACGGCCGGAGACCCUACACACAACUCGCUACCUGCGUUGUUCACUCAGGCCUCGGCUGAGAAUGUGAUUAGACUCAUUCAAGAUGCCGUCAGCUCUGGUGCAGAGCUUCUCCUGGGAGAUCUUCGAAAAGACGGAUCCAUCGUACAACCUCACUUGUUGACUAAUGUGACCCGCGAGAUGUCUAUCUGGAAAGAAGAAACGUUCGGGCCUGUGGCGGUUUUUAUGGUGUGCGACACCAUCGAUGAGGCUAUCGAGUUGGCGAACAAUACCGAGUAUUCCUUGACCGCAGCGGUAUGGACGCAGAACCUUACAAAAGGCAAGGAAGUGACGGAUAGGUUAUAUACUGGCUUCUCCAAUAUCAAUGGAUGCACGAUACACGGCGAACCAUCCAUUGAACCUUUUGGGUUAGGUGGUUCCUCUGGGUAUGGGCGGUUUGACAUCGAUCACUUUACUCAAAAGCGCGUUUGCGUUGUUCAUGCGCCGGGCGCCAAGUACCCGAUAAUCGAGAGGCUUAGCGAAGAGUAA